AUGGCUAUGGCAUUAACAGAAUCACAUAUUAAAACUACAUUUCCAAAUUUUAAAAUUGAACAAUUAUUACUCAUAAAAUUAAUUAAUUAUGAAAAUAUUUCUUAUAAAAAGAAUAAACAAAAUAUUUUAGAUAAGAUUUAUAAUAAUUUAAUUCAACAAACUAAAGAACUUUUAGAUGAAAAUUUUUAUAAUUAUAUUAAAGAAGAUAUUAAUAAGAAAAUUACUGAUUCUAUUAUUCCUGAAUGGAUUGGUUUACUUGCAUGUAUUGAAUUUAUAAGAGCAAGAAUUUUUUUAAAAUUAAUAAGUGAUCCUUCAAUCACUUUUGAAAAAUUAUUUACUCUUACUUAUAAUGAUAAUAAUGAAAAAAGUUUUAUUAUAUCUAUCCCAGGAGAUGAAAGUAUAUCAUUAUAUUCAAAAAAUAAUAAUGAACAAAAAAUUAUUCAAAAUACCGUUAAAAUUUAUAUGGAAUUUAUUAUUAUUGCUAUGAAUUAUUUGGUGAAUCUUAGGGAAGGAAAAGAUUUUAGUAAAGAAAAGGCUGCUUAUUAUUCAUUUGGUGACGUUUUGGAUGAUUUAAAUGAUCAAAAUUCUCCUUCAGUUAGAGAAAUUUUAUUACACGUAAACAACAGUUCGGGAUGA